AUGGGUCUUGAUCCGUUGAGUGAACCACCCCGGGCGGCUCCCGACGAGACGAAUCUGGGUGCAGGCAAGUUCAAGCCGCAGUCGGCCAACGGUCUGUUCAAGAAGAUAUCGUCUAUUCAGUCGGAGCCGUCGCCUGGUAUAGGUAUUUCUAAUCGCACCAAUUCGUUCGGCAGCAAGUCUGUGGGGCUGGAAAAGGGGAUCAAGACGCUUGGAUUGUCGCGCAAGUCGCCCGCCACGGCGAACAUCUGGUCCAGCACGUCCAGUCCCAACGGGUCGCACGUGUGGAAUAAGUCCACCUCGCAACGGGAAUCGCCAGUGAUAUUCCCGCAGGAGUCGCGCACGCUUUCUGAGGGGGCCGCUUUUGCGGGCCGUGGCUCGUUCCCCGACGAGGUGUCCAGCCGACUGUGGAACGACCUGAGCAACGAGAUCUCCAGCGCAAUGUUCGAGACAAGCUCGAUGGAUACGUCGCGCAGCUCGUUCAGCUCGUCGCAGCCUCCCUGGCACGACCCCAACGCACAGGUCUCGCCCGUGCUGUGGGCCAGCACCGGAUCCAUCGACGAGACGCCUGUGUCGCACCGCAUGUCGCGGUUUUUCCCGAGCCCUGCCAUUGACCAGCGCAAAGACUUCAACGGCAACUCCAGCGGCGAGGUCAGGGCACAUUCAACCGGGUUCCCGGCCUCUCCGUUGACGUUGAGCCUGUUUAGCUCGGAGGUGGGCGCCAACACGCCGUCCGGGUCGCAAUUGGCACAGGUUUCGAACGUCAACCGCACACAAAGCUACGUGGACCCGCUUUUUGACGGGUUCUCUUUGGGGAACCUGCCUCCGUCGCCAAUCGACCUGCAAACACCCAAGCUACACAGCAAAGAAGAACAAAUAACCACAGAACUUGUCACCCGCAAGUUUUCCGAGGACUCUGGCCCAGAGCCCGUGGCAGACGAGGUGUCGUUGCCACAGCCACCAGCCAAACGGACAUUCUCCAAACCAGACUCGCACGCUAAGGUCAUCAAGUACAUCCGCACCAUCAUCACCAGACAGCCCACACAAUACAUGGUGUACGUGGCCUCGCUCCCGUACGACACGCCGCACGCGCAGUGUCUGGCCUUGAUCAACCAGGCUUUCAAGGACUACGCAGACAUCACCAACCUGCAACAGGACACCAACGCCAAGCUGUCCAAGAUUUCUCCCGAGAACGACCUGUUCAUCCGGUUCAAGAUCGUAGUGAAGCUGUUUAACGAGCAGAAACUGCCGUUCAAGUCGCGCAGGUUCACCAACGAGUCCACGGGACGGGACUCCAAGAUGCUGUUGUUUUUCGACUGCUCGUCCUCGUCGCCAAACGGCGACCUGACCCAGACGGGAGCAACCAGUUCUGCCAAACGACAGGAGAUCUCGACCUAUCCGGAAGGCUUUUCGUCCACGUUCCACCGUCGCGGAGUGAACAACUUUAUGUUUGUGCGAGAAUUACAAAGCAAGAUGAUCACCAACAAGUCGCGGGGGUCGUCCAACUUCCAAGAGUCGGCCGAGUUCCGGCUGUCUUUGCCGAUCGAGGAGCUUGACCUCAGACCGGCAGACGACCAGGAUAGAUACGACGACGAGUACAAGAAGCCCAAGCGCUCGUACGUGGUCAACAUCGACGUUCGUGAGCUCGAGAACAAGCCCGCGUUCAAGGACACCCGCAAGUUUGCGCGGCCAGGCCGUUCGCGCGACAAGUAA